AUGCCUGCUGUACUUCUAGUAGCCAUCUUUUGGUGGUGUACUGAUAGCGCCAACGACAGACGGGCAGCUCUCCUAACCACAACACGUUUGCACUUUUUUAUCCUGGAUCUCUACCUCGUCGUGACAGUGGACCUCAACCGACUGUUCUUCAUCUGCACGACCAACCAACUGAAUACCACUCCGGAUCCGCUGCGUGACCAAACGGAGAUGGCUGAAGUCUCCGGGUAUGUGGUCGAGGAUAAGAUGAUCAUUGCACAUUAG